AUGAGGUCGAUGCGCGCCUCUCCCGCCGGACUCCUGCUGCUCGCCCUUGCCCUCAUCUGUGGUCAGUCCGCCUUCUCUCAUUUCUGCUCAUCAGACUGCUGCUCUCUCAUCGUUGCCUUCUCUCAUCGCCGGUCAGCCCGCUUCUCUCUCAUUGCCUUCUCUCUCAUUGCCUUCUCUCUCAUUGUCUUCUCUCUCAUUGCCUGCUCUCUCAUUGGCUUCUCUCUCAUUGUCUUCUCUCUCAUUGUCUUCUCUCUCAUUGCCUUCUCUCUCAUUGACUUCUCUCUCAUUGCCUUCUCUCUUAUGUCUGCAAUGUCACCCAUCUGCAAUCCCUUCCUCCUCUCAAAACCUUUUAUAGCGAGCAGUAAGUUUACCACAACCGUGGCUGUGGGCAAGGCUCGGCUUAGCUUCGGCAGCCAGCGCUGCGUGGCCGUGCCGAAAAAGGCGAGAGGGAAGAGCGCACAGGUGUGGUGGAACGGGUCGAGCAGCAAGGCGAAAGGCUUUGCUUGCUCGCAGAUCAAGUUCUUUGGGACGGGUGGCUGCCACGGCAGGGAGGUGGAUAGCAUGGUCAACCCGGGCUCUGCUACUGCCAAGUUCCCAAGCAACAAGAAGACGCUCAGCAAGUGGGCAUCAGUGGCCUCUGUUCUCUGCACCGAUGCUGCCUGUGACGCGCUGGGCUGUCAACCCGGUGGCAAAUGCGUGGUUGAUGAGAAUGGCGAGCGCUUCUGCCAGUGGGACUCGCCCUGUGGCGCCUGCUCCACUGGAGCAACCUGCAAGACCGUGCCUGCGAGUGACAACAGUGGGGUGCAGGUGCCUUACUGCGCGUGCCCUCAAGGCUAUGGGAUAACCGCGACCAAGUGUGUUAAGGGCGGAGCUUCCAACGUCGGUCCUUACAGCUACACAGUCAUCGCAAAUCGAACAGCCAAUGACAACUCUUCUCGACCCCUCACAUUCCGCUUUAACCUGAAUAGCUGCACCCGGAUGCCGGAAGCACUGGCUAGGGGACAUGCCAUAUACGUUUCCAUUCCGCUCAAUCUGGUGCACUCAUCGGUAGGAUAA